AUGCGGGAAACGCUGAGAGGAACGGCUGCGGUAGUCUCGGGCGAGAUCAAGGGAAAAACAGCGAACCUUGCGGGGGAGAUGGUGUCGAAGACAGCGAAUAUCGCGGGGGAGAUGGUGUCGAAAACGACGCAAUUCAAGGAAGCCCUGAAGACCUCGCUCACCUCUCUAGGGAGCCGUCCGCAAGCCACCAGCACUGGUUUUCAGCUGAUGCUGCAGCAGAUUAACAUUGCUCUCGUUUCCGCAUCCCUUUUCCCGUUGCACGUGUACUGCCAAUCGCGGUUUUUCAGCACGAAGAUUGACGCUGACGUGGCAGAAGACGACUGCACGGAGAGCACCGACGUCUUGGCGCCUCUGCAGAGUCCGUCGAAGCACCGUCAGGCCCGGACGAGCCCCCGGGGCAACGCGUAUCCUUCUCUCUGGUCCGACGUUGACCGCUUCCUUCCAAGCGAUCUCUCCCCCAGUGAUCUUAGCCCCGACGAUUCCACCCCACCGCAUCCCACCGACACCGAUGCCGCUGCUGCUGACCAAUCAGAGCCUUUGAUCUCACCCGAUCAGUUCCCCGUCAGCUUGACGCACCCCAGCACGCAAGUGCCCGAGAUGAACGGUCCAGAUCAUCCCAAGUUGGAGGGUGUUGACAGCGUAGGAGAGGGGUUUGUGGUUCCUCGGUUGGGCCACGAGGAGCACGGGGAGGAGGGCAAGAAGGGGCAGGUGAAGGGUGAGAGUAGGCGCGCGCAAGAGGAGGAGUUCAGCAUGAAUCUGUGGCUCAUGGGGAGCAGCAACGGGGGAAGCAGCACCACGAGCAGCACCGCCGGCUGGUUUCCCGCGAGCAGCUCGCAGACGCAGGUAACUCUUGCUGCCCCGGGCUGCGUGCUCGCCCCGUCCUGGAGCAUCAGCGGAUUCUCAAACACCCAAUCGCAAGGAGAUGCGGCGGGGAAGGAAAGGGAGGGGAGGUCGGGAGCGGAGGCUGGGGUAGGAGGGGGUGGUAGGAGCACGGGGGAAGAAGAGGGUGGGGAUGACGCAGCAGAAGGGUGGCACCCCACGCCUCCCGCGGUGGUGCAGAGCCCGUUCGGAGUUUCCGCGCACGUAGAGGAGCCAGAACCAGGGCAAGCGGAGGCGUGUGGGGACAUGGACCGGGUGUGGGAGGAGCUGUACGUGCAGAGGGAGUGUGAGUCGCAGCCGUCGUCCCCCAAAGAGUCGAGAGGCGCGCUGCCCGCCAUCAAGCGCCUGCUGGUCGUGCGCAGGGAGUCAGUGCAGCGCUCAGACAGCCGUGACAGCGUGGCCAGCACUGACAGCCGCGGCAGCAUCUCGCGCCACGCCACCGUCGGAAGUGAAGGCUGGCAGCAGCUGGAGAUUGGGGGAGCAGCCGGGUGUGAGGAGUGGAAGGCCGAUUCCAGUGGCUCGUCCCGUCCCGGCGCCGCUACAGCCGCCCUCUCCUCGCCUGCCGGCGGUGCGAUCUUCUCCGCUCAUGAGCUACGAGCACCCAGAUCUAUACUCUCAGUCAAUACAGUCGCCUCGGUCAAGGCUGUCGCCUCAGUCGAAGCAGUCUCCUCGGUCACGGCAGUCCCCUCAGUCGAGCAAUCCUCCGCAAUGGAAGCAGUCCCCUCCGCUAAAGCAGUUCCCACCAUCAGUGCAGAUGCCUCAGCCAAUGCAGUCCCCUCGGUUAAUGCAGUCUCCUCAGUCGAGGCAGUCAUCUCAGCCGAGGCAGUCGCCUCCGUCAAUACAGCUGCCUGA